AGAUAGUCAUUUGGGACAGUGAUAAACUAUGAAACUUUUAUUCAACAGGGUCAUUCUAUUGGGGCUGCUGAUUGCGGUUGGAGCACAAGAAAAUACUCGUUACUACGAAAGAGAAUGCCCAUGCACACCAUCGAAGCUAUGGCUCGAUGUCGUGGUUGCAAUUGACAAUUCCAUGGGUAUGACCAUGGAGGGAAUGGCACAGGUCAUCGCCGACCUGGGUACGGUAUUUGAUCCAACAAAUAUCACCCAGGGUGAAGGGCAUCAUACUCGAAUUGGAAUCCUUACAUACGGAACCACGGCGAAAUCGAUCCAUAAACUCAAUGAGUUCAAAUCAACUGAAGAAUUUUUGGAUAGGAUUUGGGAGAUUGAAAAAGCCAGUGAUAAAUCUAGCGAGCUGAAAGAUGCUCUUAUGAGAGCUGAGGAACUCUUCGCUGAGGGUCGAUCGGCAGGAGUCAGGGAGAAUGUCAAGCAGGCCAUCAUCAUCUAUGCCAGCGUUUACAAGGAGCUCCACUUUGGAGAUGCUAAACAGCUAGCCGACCAGAUCAAGAUCAGUGGAAAAGGCAUCAUCGUUGUCGCAUUCGACCAGGGAGGCAGACCAAAUGCUAUUCUGGAACUUCGCAAGAUAGCCACUGAAGGAUACUUCUUCAUGAACACAAAUGCCAAUCUAGCGGGAGAGCUACAGCAUGCACUGUGCCAAAUCAAAUGUUUCUGUAGGAAGCAAUGGUUGCAGUAUUCUCUCGAAUCUGUAAAAUAUGGAUCGUGUUUGAGAAUUGGCGGAAUUGAUUCGAACUGGAACCUUGCAAAGAAAUCGUGCAUUAGAGUCGGCCAUGAAUCGGGUCAUCUUGCCUCUGUUCUUGACCAUGCAAAGCAUACCUUCAUUGCAUCAAUGUUCACAAACGACUACAGGAUGGAACCACCUUACAUGUACCAUAUUGGCUCCCUUUACACAAGAUGGAACAAAAAUUUCCCUGAUGUGACUGGAGAUGCAAACUGUGUCCUGACUGCUCAAACAUCUACCAGUUUCGAGCUUUUCUGGCAGAAUGUGCACUGCAGAACAGUGUCGAAGCGCUACAUUUGCCAGAUGAAUACGUGCGAUACCGACAAUUAUUGCACAGACAUAUAUGAAUGAGUUUUAUAAGUAAUGUAUUGAUUUAUAUGCAAUGAGCCAAAUGCAUGUUCGCUGUCUGUAUGUAAGCACAUCCAAUAAAUAUUCGAUAU